AUGUGUUAUCAUCUUAUGAUUAUGAGUAUUUCUAAUAUAUAUUGUUGGAUUUUUACAUUAGACCAUAAGCGUAUAGGUAUAAUUUAUACAUUAUUAGUUAUUCCGUUAGAUUGUUAUAAAUUUUUAGUUACUAAUCAUGGUAUAAUAAUGAUUUUUUUCUUCUUAAUGCCUAUAUUAAUCGGGGGGUUUGGUAAUUAUUUAUUACCAAUAUUAGGUGGUUUGUCUGAUUUAAAUUUACCUCGUUUGAAUGCUUUGAGUGGUGUUGAUUUUCUUAUGUUUUCUUUACAUUUAGCUGGUGUAUCUAGAAUUUUUAGUUCUAUAAAUUUUAUUUGUACAUUAUACACUAUAUUUUGUGAUAGGUUAUAUAGACGAACAUCUAUUAUUUUAUGGUCUUAUCUUUUUACUUCAUUGCUUUUGCUUUUUAGACUUCCUGUUUUAGCUGCUGCUAUAACGAUGUUGUUGUUUGACCGAAAAUUUAGUUCUGCUUUUUUUGAUCCAUUAGGUGGGGGUGAUCCUGUUUUAUUUCAACAUAUGUUUUGGUUUUUUGGUCAUCCUGAAGUUUAUGUUUUAAUAUUACCGGGUUUUGGUAUUAUAGGUCAUAUAUGUUUAAGAUUGAGUUUAAUUCCUGAUGCUUUUGGGUUUUAUGGUUUAUUAUUUGCUAUGUUUUCUAUAGUGUGCUUAGGUUGUAGUGUGUGGGCUCAUCAUAUGUUUACUGUUGGUUUGGAUGUUAAGACGGCUGUAUUUUUUAGGUCUGUGACUAUGAUUAUAGGAAUACCUACUGGUAUUAAGGUAUUUACGUGGUUAUAUAUGCUUUUAAACUCUAUGGCUAAAAAGAUAUCAUUUAUUGUGUUGUUUAGAUUUGGUGGUGUGACUGGUAUUAUUUUGUCAGCUUUAACUGGUGUUGCAUUAAAUAAGAUUUUAUUACAGUGUCAGUGUAUUAUAUCUAAUAUAGGAUUUAAAUUAUGUUUUUUUCCUAUGCAUUAUUUUGGAUUGUGCGGUUUACCGCGUCGUGUGUGUAUUUAUGAGGUUGAUUAUAGAUGGGUUAAUUUAGUUUGUACUGUUGGUUCAUUUAUGACAGCAUUUAGUAUAGUGGGAUUUUAUGGUUCUUCUUCAUAUAUAUUUGCAUGUCAUAAUAAUUUUUUUACUUAUAGUAUAAAUGUUUGGAAUUAUAAUGAGACUCCAAGUUUUGUUAUGGUUAUUUAG